GAGGAGGAUGAGGGAAUGCCAGUGCAAACAAACAAAAACGCUUUAGAAAACACGGACCUUGCCCACGUGAAUCAAUAUUCUAGCCCCGCUCCUCCUAUUGAGCAACGGGGCCGACAGGGGGAUGAGGAGGACGAGCAUGGAGGCAGACAGGGAGAGACGGGGGGCUGUCCCUCUGCAGAGGGGGACAGUCUCAUUCGGAGCUCAAACCACCAAGAUCCUAAAGUGGGGAUUCAGGGAAAGGAAAUAAAUGACAGGAAUACUCUGCAGGCUGCAAGAAAGUCGGAAUUCCAGAAGACUUUUGAAGUUCCACAGAAGUGCGGUUUUAAGCGCCCAGCCGCGUGUUGUUGGACCAGGAGUCUCCCAGCCAGCAUGAUGUGCUCCCAGAUGAGGUGGCUGCUGGUGAUCCAGCUGCUGCUGACCGAGCAGGCCCUGUGUAGGUCCACCUCUCCUCUGGCCCACAGGAGCGCUCCACUCCCCAGCUCCAACCUCCAGGACGGCGACGGGUCAACGAGACCGGCCAGACAGAGCGUGCUGGGCUCCAGGCCCCAUGGCGGGUUCAAGCACUUCCCGGUUCACGAGGGCCAACGGAUCCACUCGGCCAAGCGCAUGAUCUCGCUCCUCAGGGAAAAGCUUGUGGGUCGGAUCCACAACCACAUCCAGAGUCAGGAGAACGUGAGCUGUGAGGAGCUACUGUCUGCCAGCACCAUGGAGGACCCCCGGUCCCCCCUGUUCCCCCAGGAGCUCCUGGGCCUGUCCCUGGUGCCCGUGCUGGCGGUGGCGGACUGCCACCAGGAGGCGGUGGCCCUGAUGCUGCAGCUCUACGACCUGCUGGGGGUGGCAGACACGGAGGAGCUGCUGGUGGAGGUGGAGGCCCUGAUAGAGAGGCGGAUCAGCCGCGCCGUAGCCUCCACGGCGGCGGCGGCGGCGGCCACCUCCCCGCCCCCGCCGGCAGAGACCCAGCGGGUGGACGAAAUGCAAAUGGAGGCCGUGAUGUUCAACAUCCAGCAGCUGGCAAGGGAGAGUAAGACCCUCCAGGGGACCUCCGGGAGGGAGAAGCACUGGGAGGUGUGUGAGGGCUGGGCCCAGGUCAACGGGACCUUGCUGCUGGGGAAGGCGGUGGAGGGACCGUCGGAGGGGCUGGAGGAGGCGCUGAGGGCCUGCGAGAGCCUGGGACUCCAGUGUGCGGGGAUAGCCCACGGCGGCGGCGGCGGCGGCCUCCUCAAGGCGGGCCGGAGCAAGUACAGCGCGGUGCUGAAGAAGGGGAGCCGCGUGGUGCCGGCGGCCGACUCCUCCGACUGCUGGCUCCGCCUGUGCCGAGCGGAGAAGGAGCCGUGGUCCCCGGCGGCCGGCCGCCGCUGGAGGCGCGGCGCCGACGCCGACGACCACUGCAGCGACAGGAAGGAGCAGAACAUCUACAGCGUGGUGGAGUGGAUCCCCGCCGUCAGCACGCUGUACAGCCUGGGCACCGCCAUGUACUACGCCUCGCUCAACUGCACGGAGACGGCGCGCGAGAGGGCCCUCCUGAGCGCCGUGGACCUGGGCACGGACGCUCUGAUGGCGGUCACGGGGGGCACGGCGGGCGUGGCCGGCUACGCCCUGGGGGUGGGCGUGAAGACGGGCGUGAAGGCCAGCCUCAAGUACCUCCUGGGCUCCAUGAAGGACGAGGACCUGCUGGUGAACCAGUACACCUGGGAGGAGGAGGUCCUCCGCAUGCAGGAGGACUGAGAGCCUCUCUAGGGCCUCUCUAGGGCCUCUCUAGAGCCUCUCUAGAGCCUCGUUUGAGCCUUGUUAGAGCCUCUCUAGGGCCUCUCUAGAGCCUCUCUAGAGCCUUGUUAGAGCCUCUCUAGAGCCUCUUUAGAGCCUCUCUAGAGCCUCUCUAGAGCCUCGUUUGAGCCUCUCUAGAGCCUCUCUAGGGCCUCUCUAGAGCCUCGUUAGAGCCUCUCUAGGGCCUCUCUAGGGCCUCUCUAGAGCCUUGUUAGAGCCUCUCUAGGGCCUCUCUAGGGCCUCUCUAGAGCCUCGUUAGAGCCUCUUUAGAGCCUCCUUAAACCCUCUCCAGAGCCUCUCUCGCGCCUCUGUAGUACUCGAGAGAAGCUCUAGAGAGCCUCUUUAAAGCCCCUUUAGAGCCUUUCUAGAACCUCUUAAGAGCCUCUUUAAACCCUUUCUAGAGCCUCUUUAGAGCCUCUCUAGAGCCUCUUUAGAGCCUCUUAAGAGCCUCUCUAAACCCUCUCCAGAGCCUCUUUCGAGCCUCUUUAGAGCCUCUCUAGAGCCUCUUUAGAGCCUCUUAAGAGCCUCUUUAAACCCUCUCCAGAGCCUCUCUAGAGCCUCUUUAAACCCUCUCCAGAGCCUCUCUAGAGCCUUGUUAAAACCUAUUUAGAGCCUCUCUAGGGCCUCUUUAGAGACUUGUUAAAACCUCUUUAGAGCCUCUCUAGAGCCUUGUUAGAGCCUCUCUAGAACCUCUUUAGAGCCUCUUUAAACCCUCUCUAGAGCCUCGCUGAAGCCUCUGUAGAGUCUCUAUGCUCUAGAGAGGCUCUAGAGAGCGUCUCUGAACCCUCUCUAGAGCCUCUCUAGAGCCUCUUGGCCCCAUCUCACGCACAAAAGAUGCUUCUGUUAGUCGUAGUCAGGUGACCUCACAAAGUAAAACAUUAUUUUAUUACAUCCAAUACAAUGUGUGUAAUUACCACCGUAUCACCUGUCUGCUUUAGUUUUAACUAAUCGAGUUGAAGUCGAUAUAUUUUCAGUUGAGCAUUAUUUUGUAUGAGAUGUGUGUAAGAUAAUGAUUAACCAAAUAACUAGUAACAUUGCAGAAAAACUUAAAAUCGUAAACAUAAAAAGUCCCAUAAAGUUUGAAAGCAGUGUAAAGGAGAGCGCCUCUAGACCCCGACGUCCCACCUUGUUUUCCUUCUGCCGUUAUUAUCAGGUCAAAGGCAUUUGUCCCGCUGGUUUAUGUUCAGGGUAUUUUGUGGCACAAUUUGUAAUUUUUGUAUGUCAAUAAAAAGAAUACACGAAUUGAA